GCGGCAUAGUAGAACCAUCCAUUAAAUGAUGCAUGCUUUCUUUUUUGCCUUCUUGGCAUACCGUGAGCGAGCGGGAAAGCAGCAGGGUCAAUAAGGUAGCCCCCUUCCUUCCCUCCACUUCGUCCGUCCGAUACAAGCCUUUAAGCAGUGCAGAGCUAUACGCUGCUGUUCCACGCCCCCUCGCCACCAUCGCCACCAUCCACCACCCAUCCCAUCCCAACGACAAGUUGCCAUACUCGGGAAAAUUCGAAACCGGAAAACAGGGCGUCUCUCAUCCCAAUCCCCCUCGUUCCUGCCAUUCUAUCCAUCAACCACAACCUCUUCUGUUAGUGGAUCGCUUUGCAACUUGUGUCUGUCUGUGUAUCAUUAGAACCUGCGAGGGGCCCUUUCUUGUGUUAAUUCAUCUCAUUCGCCUCCCCCAAUCAACCAACCAACCAACCACCAGCAGCAAGGAGGAAAACGGGGGGGACACAGCAAAAAAUUACAGUCGUCCCAUCGCGUCUAGGGAGGUGACACACACAACAUCGAUAUUUAAGACGCUACUUUUCACUGGAACAUCCCACAUCUUGUGUCUCUCUCUGUCUCUCUGUGACGAGAACGCUGGGAAGGGAGGAGGAACGUCCGGAUAGAUCGACGAGGAAAGAGGAUUAGAGAUAGCUUGGGACGAGCUAGGAAAAGAAAAGUGUCCGCAGGAACCCCCUUGCCCUCGGUCCCUUGGCAGCGGCAAAAGGGGAUCAACGGCGAUUGCGACCUCGAUCCCAUUUCAUCACUGUCUGGCAUCGCCACCUUCCCAUUGGACCCUGCUCCCGCCUACAACUCCCAACGACCGUCAUCAUCGCCAUC